AUGGGUAGGCACUCCAAAGAACGUAAAGCUGAACUACUCGCUCAGCGAGAAGCCGAAGAGCGAUACCAGAGCGAAGAGUCGGAUUAUGAAACAUCGACUCUUCAAGAGAUGCAGAAUCGUCAGAAGGAGAGGUUCAAGGCCUCUGUCGAGAACGAAGCCGCAAAUGUGAAGCCGAAGGCCAAGAAGGCCAAGAAAGUUGCUCUUGAAGAUCACACUCUUAAUUCCCAAAAUGGCUCUUCACUUGCUCUUCGUCGGCGCAAGCCAGGCAGGGUGAACAGGGCAUCAAAACUCGACUUGAUCAAACUUAUCCAAAACCUUGCAGAAGCUCUAACCACAGUGGGCGACCCGGAAGAUGUGAAGACUCUUCUAGCCGAGGAUGAUGUGCUCCAUGCAGAUAUCGUCUCGACUCUCCACAAGAAUUGUCAUGUCAUUAAGACUUCGCUUCAGCAUCUUGGAAGUAUCGCCGAUAUGCCUGAUAUCCCCGACGUCACUGUCGCCAGUACUCUGCCAUACUACGGCAAAUACGUGCUGUAUGGGCCCAAAGAAUCCAAGCUUUUGUAUCUGCUCUCUGUGGCGGAGGUUUUCAAGGCCAAUCACAGCGCGUACAGCAAGCGAAAGACACUUGGCUUUGUCCGAGCAAAGGGUACCAGUUUCCCACUUCAAUGUGCCAUAUCAGGAUGGACCAAUGUUUUGGAUUUCCAUCCCAGAAUGCUGGAUACCGAGUUCUGGCUCAACGAAGUCAAGUACUUGGCGGAAACACUCGAUCAUAACUUCCGAUCCGGAUGUUGGGACAAAGCAAAUGACAGAGAAGACGGCGACGGAUAUGCGUCUCAUGUCGAGCCGACAUUGAUGCUAUAUUACGCGUACCACCUGGCGACCAAGGUCUUUGGGAUCAAGUCACCCGUCAGAAAGGUCAUUCAAAGUAUAUGGCUCCUGGACAAGAUAGGAGAAACGUUCGAAGCCGAACUUGUUCUUAGCAAAGCCCCUUGCGGCCCUUGUAAGGAGUUUAAGCAACUCAUUGAAACAUUCACGGGCAUAAAGUUUACGUUUGUUAUCAUGGACAACGUUGCGGAGGUCGCGCCCAAGAAAGACAAGAACGGUUUUGACAUAUACCCAAAGCACGCAGUCCAAGAAGAAGACCAUCAAGAGAUAAUUGAAGCCCUGGAUAUGAUGCUUGAGUACGGAGCCACGCCAAAGAAGACUGUACCUAGCUUCGUUGUCGAGAUCCCGACGCCGCCAAAGGCUCACACGCCGAAGACAAAGGCACCUAAGCCGAUUGCUCAAUUUGAGGCUCCGGAUUUCCACACCCAGUACCCAGAGCCACGACCUAUCAUAGGUAGUAGCCCUCGAUUAGAGCCACUCUACACUCAAGUGGUUACAACGUCAAAGACGGUGCAGAAGCGCAAGAUACAAAGCUUCUCAUAUGAAAGUCCCAAGAAAGUAACCAUUCUGGAUGAUUCAGAUGAUAAUGUGUCUGAAUACACACCGGCAUCUUCACAGCGGUCAAUGAGCAAGUUUCGUUUGUCUCAUACAUCUACACCCACGAGAAAGACUUCUACUUACACCCCUCCUACCCCAGAUUCGAAUCCGUUCAGUCUUGAAGCUCGCGUAAGAGCCAAGGAGAUGAGAAAAAAGAAGCGGCAGGCAGUUGGAAACGAAGAGUCUCCGACGGCUGCAAAGAAAAACAGGUGGCAAGACUAUAGAGUCUAG